UGCGGCGAGAGGCGGGAGCGCGCAUGCCCGUGUCCCGCAUUGUUUGGAUCAGCUGUGCGUGGAUGUGAAACCCCACCCAAUGAGGAAGGACGAGCCGUGAGCAGCAGCAGCAGCAGCAGAUCCGGACCGCGACAGCAGCCGAAGCCGAACUCGAACCCGAGCCCGCACCAUGAUCGCGCUAUUCAACAAGCUGCUGGACUGGUUCAAGGCCCUCUUCUGGAAGGAGGAGAUGGAGCUAACGCUGGUCGGCCUGCAGUACUCGGGAAAAACCACGUUCGUCAACGUGAUUGCGUCAGGUCAGUUCAGCGAGGACAUGAUCCCUACGGUCGGCUUCAACAUGCGCAAGAUCACCAAGGGAAACGUCACCAUCAAGUUGUGGGACAUUGGUGGUCAGCCGCGCUUCAGGAGCAUGUGGGAGCGAUACUGUCGUGGUGUCAGCGCUAUUGUGUACAUGGUUGAUGCGGCCGAUCCGGAAAAGAUAGAGGCGUCGAAGAACGAACUGCACAACUUGUUAGACAAACCACAGCUGCAGGGAAUCCCAGUUCUGGUUUUGGGCAAUAAGCGAGAUCUUCCCGGAGCUCUGGAUGAGAAGGAGCUCAUCGAGAGAAUGAACCUGUCGGCCAUCCAGGACAGAGAGAUCUGCUGUUACUCCAUCUCCUGUAAGGAGAAGGACAACAUUGACAUCACACUACAGUGGCUGAUCCAGCACUCGCGGACCCGGCGGAGCUGAGGAGGUGGAGCCGGCGUCUGAUUGGAGGAACCGCAUCAUGUGAUCAACUGUAUUUUAGGCGCUCUUGAUUUCGUUCUAAACAAACAAGCAUCCGCCCCUCCCUCUGUUCUUAUAAACUAAUCCACAUCAUUUACAUCGUUUGAACGUUGAUUUUUACUUUGACUUGAAUGUGCUUUUUUUACAGCUCGUCAUGAAGUCACAUGACGCGUUUCGCUCGCGCGCGUCGUUCUGCGUGUUUGCUCAGAGAUCGAACCUCGACUCGACGCCCACAGCAUCUGACAGAACCAGCGCUUUAUGGUCACGUGAUUCCGGGCGUUUACACCGUCAUCUUGUUUUAACGUUUUUCCAACGUUGCAAGAACGUUCCACGUUGCAGAUUUACACAGUUAUUUUGCGUUUAACAAGAUGUUAAAUCUUAGUAUCGUUAGCCUGUUAGCGUGACCCGACGAAGAUGACAUCAUCAAAGGUCACAUGGUUUGCGUUAAUCUUGUAGCAUUACGAAAUCUUUUUAUCUGAAAGCACAUGAAUCAUUCUGAAGAGGUUACCGCGUCCAAACGAAGGUUUUAUACGUUUUUUUCGAGUCGCCGUGACUACAGCGUUGUAUCGUUAUGGGGUUGUCAUGGCAACCGUUUCCAUCGCGUCGUUUUUUAGGAACGUCAGUCUGUGAGCAUGUGUGGAGCGACAUCAGUGUUUUAUUUGUUUCUCGACGGGAUGCAAUACAGUAUCAGACGACAAACAUUGAUCUGUCUCUGUCGGACCCGCAGACCGUUGUGCUAAUAAAAACAGCGGAGAUGUGGCAAAGUUGCACGAAUCUCCUGCUGAAAUCCAGUGUUGUUUCAGAACGCUGUUCGUAUCGAUGAGAGACGAAGUUCUUGUGAUUUUUCUUGCUUUGAUUAUUUCGUUUACAGCCUGUUUCGUUUUUGUCGCACAUGUGGACGUUUUUAGCCUAAAUCAUAACGGUUUAUAAACGCGUCAGUAGAUUAUACAUAUGUAAAUUGACACAUUUUUUGGUUGUUUUUGGCAUGUUUUUACUCAUGUUUUUUCACAGUGUUUUUCAACUGGAUUAUGUAAAUAGCAACUUAAACCAAAUGAGAUCUCCCUCCUGAGCAUUAUGGUGUUUGUCUUAUUGUGAUUAGCGUCCUAUGAUAAUAAUAACAAUAAUAAUAAUAAUAAUGAUAAUAAUAAUAAAGAAGACCCCACUCAUAUCGCAGCAAUCUGAACAAAUGGAUUGUGUGUGUGUGAAAGAGAGAGUGUGUGUGUGAACGAUGGUGUUUUUGCGCACGGAUGCCGUCAUAUAGACUAGAAUAAUAUUUACUUUAUAAAUGCCGAAGGUUUAUUCUGUUGAUUUUUCGCAACUGCUAAUCACUUUAUAUUCAUCUUCACUAAUGUUUAAUUUGUCAUGAGUUCGUCGCUUACACAAGAGCGAAUGACGCAAUGCGACAAAAUGGGCGAUAAUCGACACUGCUGCACUGGUUACGUAGUCAUGUUACAAAGACGACUUUGACGUUACGAAGUUCGUGUUACGACUCUGGUUAAAAUGAUAACCGUAGUUACGAAAGUUAUUUUUACUACAGUACAGCUGUCAGAAUUGAAAAACAAAAACUGACGUAAACAGCUUUGACGACAAUAGCAGUCAUUUACGAAGUCGGCUUUUAGUUAUGUAAAAAAGUUGUGUAUUUUCAGUUGCACAUUUUAGUUGCGUAACAUCAAAUUCGUUAAUGCAAUUGAAGUGGACUUUGCAUAAAGUUGGUCUAACGAAGUCAACAUCGUUGAUUUCAACAACGUAAUUUGUGAAGUCAUCCUAAUGAAGAUAUGUUCGUAAUUGACUUUGUUGCACUAUUUCUUUGUUACGUUAUUUUUUUUUAGGCUUUAUCAGCGUCAACUUUGUAAAAGUCACUUAUGAAGUCGACUUCGUUGAUUAUACUAUUUGCACACAAAUUAGUUGCAUAACGUCAAGUUCAUAAAUGACUGGUUGAUUUGUCGACUGUUGCGUUUGUAAAUGACUUUGUCGAAGUUAACUUCGUAGAAGUUUCGUAGAAGUCUUGAAGUCAAUCUGACAGUCAACUUUGUUGAUUAUAACGACAUCAUUUACAAAUACAGUUGCUUUCAUAAUUAACUUUGUUAGCAAUUCCAACAGUUAUGUGACUUUGUUAGGUUCGUAAAUGCCUUUGUAAAAGUCUACUUCGUAAAAGUCGCAUAUGAAGUCAUCCUCAAUGUUGUUGAUGAUAAUGAAGUGUGCAGUGUGGAGCACUUUAUUAAUUAUGAUGGUCUGAUUGUCGCUUUGUUGUGUUGCAUUACUUGAUUUGACGCUGAUCGCAGAACGUUUGAUUUUCUGCUUCUCUUGUUGGAGCUCAUAUUCACUCCUGUCAUCAGUUCAUCAUGGACAUGAGCUCAUCUUGGCUCUCGUUAUGUUAUAUAUGUGUGUUGAUUUUUUAUGUCUAAUUACAUAUGGCCAUAAUGUGUUUUUUUUUUUUUUUUUAAUAUUUUAAUUGUUUGUGGCAGUGUAGCUUUUUCGUUUGCUGGGGAAUCAUGUGUUUUUUUUUUUUUUUUUCCUCCCCUUGCAUGACUCAUUAUGGGAUGGAGCUGGUUGCCAUAGUUACUGUAUAAUCAGAGUGUGAUUGGACUGAGCUCGAUGAUGCCCCCCUUUAUAUGGAUCAGACAGUAACUUUUUAAAGCAGUCACAUAACAAGUGUUUCUGUACAAGACUCGAUCAGUUGAGUUGUUCAUUUGGGAUCUUUCUAUUCUCUCGUACUCGCGGUGAUAACUGUACAUGUUGUUCUUGUUAUUUACAGAUUAUUUAAAAAUGAAAUUAAAUGAUUUCCCUCUCAGAA